UUCUGCUCAUCCCACGCUUGUAUCGCUGCAUAUCAUAUAAACUGCCAGCGCCUUGUCUGGAAGAUGGAGUACAUGGAGCUUCACCGCCCCGAAGACCCUCCUCCCCUCGCUGCCCCAGUUCCGAUAAACGCCGCCCCAUCAAGCGCUCCUCGAUCCCCUCAAUACCAUCAGCAGCAAGUCUCUGCCAGCUCCAAGCCCGAGUCCCAACCUCUCCACAACAAGCGAAAAGGCGAUGCUCUGGCAUCCGGCAAUUACAGCUCAGAGAGCUCAAAAGCGAUCAAAGUGAACCGUCCACUCACGGUUGAAGAGUACUUUGCCCGGGGCCUUUUGAGUCUGACAACACCAGAAGCCAGACAGUCUCGUUUCAGAUGCUAUGCGUGCUCCUUUGCCAGCAACGGUAUGACUGUCGAAAUUCCAGGUCCAGCAGAUCCACAUGAGCGCUCUGCCCACCACCAAACUGCACUGUGGUAUUGGCAUAGAGCUGAGGGGUAUAAAGUCUUGGCUGACUUGAAAGCUGCUGAAUGCUCGGAUGCUUUUGUACGAGGAUAUGGCGAAUGGGAUGACACCGCCAGGUCCCAUCUCAGGUUUCUCUUGUACGGCGGCGAUGCACUGAGUCAAUUUGCAGGGAUCAUACACCGCCAUGAGCUGGGUUUCUAUCAAUACUAUUGCGCGUCUUGUCGGUGCUGGCCCCGUUCAGCCUUUGCUGUGCGUGAGGGCAACCUCCUGGGCCUCCUGCCUUCCCUUGUCAACCAUAUGGUAACGGAAGCCCAUACACUGUCUACGAGUGCCCACCGAUCAGCCCAAAAUCAAUCAAUAGAGGCCACGCGCAAGCGGAUGGCCUGCACGAGAAAGACGAAGGGCGUACCUACGCAGCAAAUGGCUGUCGAUAUCUCGGCCAUCUCCGAGCCUCAGACGCCAUCGAAAACGCCAGAACGGACGACAAUUCAAGAUCGGUCAGUCUCUCUUUCGCGCACCGCUAGCUCCUCUGUGGCAUCACAAGACGGACAGGGGGUAUCUUCCACCAGUGGCGCCAGUGGAGUCCUCUCGCCUGCGCGGGGACAAUCUCCGGUCGUACAGCGCUCCACACGAGCGUAUUCCCCUUCCAAUCCCGUCCCUGCAAAGCACGCCGCUCCUCCAUCAACAUCCUCUGCGUCCACGAGAACGGCAACAGCCAACAAGGCGCCCAGCAUGCCAAUGGCCGCCCGCGUAAAGGAGAUCAACAGAUUGGGAGAUGAGUUGAUGCAGGUAUACGAGCGCAUGAUGAAGGGCAAAUGAUAGGAGGUUCUUUGGGAAUCACCUGCAGUCAGGCUACAGAGACGUCUGGCUUCCUCAUCGACUCUGAAACGGCAGACGCGCGCCCACACACUUCUCAUUAUGUGCGGCGCCGCCUUCGUGACCCGAAGGGCGAGCUCGUACGAGAGAGGUAGGCUACUAGGGAAAAACAAUGUCUGACCGGGGAAGGAUUUGGAAGGGGUGCGGCUGCUGAAAUCUAACGGUGGAGUUCAGUUCUCAAGCCUGAUGAGCGCGGCUGAUCCGCUCUGUGUAUAAUGAGUACACGACCACAUACCAUUAUAAUCAUCUCUACUUAUGGAAUAGUCUCAUCGCACGCAUGUGUCUUGAGUGAGUGACAGGGCUAUAUGCGGGCGGAGUAGUGAGAGGGUGUUUCGGCGUCUAGGUACCAAGACUGCAGUGCCCAGUCGAAUCAUCCCUUCGUAUGCACUAUUCACGUAAGCCGUCUAUCCGCGCCAGACCUCAUUCCCAAAGUAGCCAGAAGACCCCCAAAGAUCCCAGAAAUGGAACAUCUCGUCCCAUCCAGCGGCACAACCAAACACUCUACGCAUACUACGGCAUGGGUCGCCGCCGCAUGGUAUGAUGCAGUUUUCUACUGCUCCACAUAGUCGUGCAGUCGUCGCCAGAAGCUCGCUCCUGAGUAGGCGAGGUCUGACAGCUCAGCGAUGCAGCCGACUCUCGUGAUACGAGGGCAAGUACUGAUACGGUCCUUGUAUAGUACUAUUAUAACUUCAGCAAGAUAUAUCACGGCAUGCUAUCAGAUUUGUUGAGUCAUCACCCUUUAUGCCGCUCUCUCGGAUGGUUCCGACUCAAACUCGAACCCCACUCGAACCCCGUGUCAGCUUAUACAUACAGAGAUAUUGCCAGCAGCAAGCCCCGGAGUCUCAUGCGAACGUGCCGGCUACACGCGACAUAUAUAGGCCAAGCCGCCGGCAUCGCCAUGGUUCCCCCUCGAGGCUUCUUCUCGGUGGAUCACUGGGGUCACACGGGAGAAGAAUCUGCUGGAUCUGGAGAUAACUCCCGCGAGAUGCGAGAUGAAGAGAUUCGCAGAUCAUCUCCCGUCAUCGGAACACCGAGCACACUGAGCCCGACGCAAACGCUAAUGUUCGGAUCGGACCAAGCGGGCGUCGCAAGUCGCUCUCGAUCAUUCUUUUCUCCGACCGAAUCAUUCGUUAUGUAUUGCCUCUUCUUUCCUUGCGGCAAAAAGAGGUAGAGGGAUGUGCCCCUUCAAUCAAUCUCUGUGCUCCCAGAUUUCCCUACCAGAUCCAUACCAUGUACGUUAUCGAUGGCUACCGCUUUAUAUACAUAACCCCUUCAGCUAUAUAUCCCC